AUGGAUCACGUAUCCAUGUUAUGUGCCUUGAGCACUGUCGGGAUUGCGCCUUCUGGUCUCGCACUCGGGCGCGCAGACCGAUCUCAAAGGCCCAGCCUCUUUCGGCGCAAGACUGUCGCGCAAGAUUUACCCAACCCACCGAUCACGGCACCGGUAGACCCUCGCCCCAAGACCGCUGCACCAGCCAGAAGUCCAGCUGCUGAAUGGCUGGCAGCACGAGAAGAGGAAGCUUCAAAUCAAUAUGAUGGAUCAGAUCUUCGCCGGGCAUCGCUGUCCUUCAGUGCAGCCAGACGCCGACGACGCGGUCAGACCUUGACCAACCCGCCAUUGAGAAUUCCGGAGAAUGAGACGACCGGUUCGCCGGUAGAGACUCAUGGCCGGCGACCAUCCACAGGGUGGCUGCGCCGGUUGUCAAUGGCCUCGUUCAAUACAGAUAGCCCGGGCGCGAACAGUCCAACGACGCCGUCCUUCAGCGGUUCGGCAAGCCCCAUGUUUCCUCAAUCCCCCGGCCACCGACGGCCACCAAAUAAGCUGAUCAAGCGCCCGGUAUCCCAGCACACCAAUAUGCAUGCGUUUGGCGCGAACACCGUCUCUGGGCCGUCCCCAGCCGUACGACGUCGACCGGCGACCAGUCACCAGAGGUCGGAAUCUAUGAUUCUCCAGACCCCGGUGGAAUCUGAGUUUGAGACCUAUUUCCCCAAGGUCGCUGUCGAAACGCCCGCCAUGGAAGACUUUGAGCUGGGUAAACAAAAGCGAUGGUUACCGUUCUUCCUUCCCAAGGCGGGCAAGUUAACAGAGAUGUUCUCGCGCAGGUUCUCGACCUCGACGGCGCCCAAAGCCCAAAGUGUGCGGCACCUUGUGUCGGAACAGGGGGCCCUUCCUGCCUUGGUCAUGGCGAGCGAAAUUGCAUCUGGUACCUCCACCCCUCGUGGGGACAAAUCAGAGCCUAGUACUCCGGUGGAAUUCCGCAACCCAUUCCAGCCUGUGUCCGUGAAGCCGGCUCCCACGCAGCCGGUGGUAGCGCCUGAGGGACCCCCAACUCCACCCGAGGCUGUAGAACAGUCCAUUCACCGGCACUCACAUUCAUGCGGCGAUGUCGAGCCAAAGGUGGUGAUGACGAACACGGUCACUGCGCAUGGAAAGCCGAUCAUGGGCCUUGUUCGCGGUGGGUCGUUGAAGCGUGUCAAGGGACGAACUUUCUCAAUUCCUCGCUCUGAGUUGUCACUGGCAGAUAAGAAGAUGGCCGUGCCUAGUUCUCCCGCGCGUGAACGGCGUAACAUCACCGAUCCCACCGUUUUCCAACCGCCACACCCUGCUUCUCAACCAGGAUGGGCUGUUUCGGCUUUGGAAAGGCGCGCCCAGGUCGGCCCCCGGUCUGUGUCGCAAGAUUAUGAUGUUGGCUUGGGGUCUCGGGGUGGCUCGCGUCCAUUGAACUCGGAUGAUGUCGCCCUGUCCGCUUGGCAGCAAGCAUCUCGUCCUGGUGGCCCAGCUUAUGGUUCCCUGCGUCGUCGCCCCAAGGGCUUCUCGAUCUCAGGCUCCGAUCCCGCCUCGACCAUCAUUGGGUCCGAUGACACCCGUGUCUUCACUUCCUGUGAUGAAUACGAGACCGACGUGAUGUCCGAUUAUUGGGAUUCCAUUCGAACACGCGAGACCAGCACGAGUGGCUUGAAGGGUCUUCGUAUCGAGACGAUGUUUGACAAAGCAGGAGCGAGCUUGGUGAAUGAAGAAGCAACGACUUUGGAGGCCCUGCUGCCGCGGGGCUCCUUCGCUGCUCGGUCAGAGAAGGAUCCCCGGCUGUUUCCAGAUUCAUAUUUGGCAUCUCCUCCACUCACACAUGUCUCGAUGGCUGAUCACCAGGGUCCGGUAGACGAUGCGGAUGAAGAUUCCCUCAGUAUGAUCGGAUCCCUGCCUGGUGAUGAUCGUCCAACCUUCUCCUCUCCUGCCAACAACCUCUUGUCCAAAUAUGCCGAAGUUGACUCCCCUCUUGGCUCACCUAUUAGCCCUUCUCAGCCCUUUGGGGGCCUCUCUGACCUCAAUGUCAACAAAAAAGCGAACAUUUUCGACUGGUCAGAACAGACACGGCCGGAUCGCGAGUCGUCCGAGUUCGAUGCUCGCCCCCGAACUAUGCAGGGUAAACAAGAGGGUGUCGACCGCAGCAGCCGGGCUGUUUGCCGCAAGGCUCCCUCUACUGUGCAUCUCCGUAGUCAAAGUGUUCCUGUCGCGAGCGAACUUCCGACGAGUGAAACGCGUCAAACAUCGGGCAAGUUUGGUACCUGGGGGUUGGGUAGUAAAGGCGUCAGUGAAGACUGGGAUAGUGAUUUCGACUUUGACGAGUCGGAGGAAACCCCCAUUGCGGAAAACAAACAAAUUGCUGAGCCGGAGCCCAAUCGUCAGAGUAUGACUGUCCCCAAGGCUAUUUUGGAACGUCAAGCUAGUCUUCGUGGCCAGUUUGGACAAGUGCAAGAGUUGACCCUGUUGGUGGAGGAAUUAAAACGUCUUCGCCACCAAGCCAAUGCACUGGAUAUUGUUAAUGGCCCUUCCAAUGAAUUGUGGAAGGAGGCCGAACAAAUCGUCAACCUGGCAACAAUUGAUGAAGAGGAAGAGCGUCGCUCACCUCCGGGAUCCCCCUCUUCUCUCACUUUCAGCUUUGAUGAAUCCGACGAUGAGGGCCUCCAUACUUCCUCUUCCAAACGAGAUAGCGAGGUUUCCUGGGACGUGCAGGGUGAUGCUGAACACACGAUGCCUCUCACUCUCGUGAAAGACCUUCCCAAAUCCAAAUCGGUGCUCGAUAUCCUCCAGCCUGGCGAACCCAAGUCUGCCCUCCACGAGUUGGAUCUUGGCUCCCGGACGAAGAAACUUCCGUUUGACACUUCUUCGUUGAAGAAUCUGGUAGUUCGGGCUGGAGUGGUGACGCGUGCGCUGAAGGAAGUGAUCCGCAAAGCUGAAGGUGUGGCCACCAGCCCUCGCGAUUUCCCUCACGAUCCCCCAUUCCGACGCAUCUUCGACAAACCUGACCUCGCCGACUUUGAGGCCGCCCUGGCCGAAAUGUCAUAA